AUGGAAACGUGGUUUUUGGUUCUUGGCUGGUUUCUUUCCAUUCUGACGAUCAUUGGAAAUGGAUUUAUUAUAUUCCUUGUGUGCAACAAACGACAACUUCGCACCAAAACCAACGCGUUUGUGGUUUCACUCGCAGUUGCAGAUCUCUGUGUUGGGAUAUGUGUGUUACCUUUGCUGUUUUUGUACGAGAUGACAAGAGAUCGCAGCUAUUCGCAAGAUUUAAAAAAGGCUGGAUUGAUAGUGCGCUGGUUUUUUCAAGACGCCUCUGUGGUGUGCCUGUGCAGUUUAGUAUUGGAGCGGUAUAUUGCCAUCGUGAUGCCUUACAAAUAUGUAACUUUUAUGACCCGUCGGCGCGUCAUACAAAUGAUUGCGCUUCCUUGGACGAUAACAGUUAUUUUUAUUUCGCUUGAAUCUUCACUCUGGAUAGGUUUAAAUUCAUUCAACAUGCAAAUUUUCAUGUCGUUU